GGUAACCGGGCAGUAGCUCCAUUUAUCUAUAAAUAGAGGAUUUUGACAAACAGAAGAGGCAUCCUAAGUCGUCGAGUGCCGCUUCAACUCGGGGUCUGGUCUAGACUGCAUAAACCUUACAAUCUAGAUCUGCACCGAAACACUAGCCUCAGUUAGAUAAGAUGGAGACCUUUCUAUUCACCUCUGAAUCUGUGAACGAGGGCCACCCAGAUAAGCUGUGUGACCAGAUCUCUGAUGCGGUACUUGACGCCUGCCUUGAGCAGGAUCCUGACAGCAAGGUUGCCUGUGAGACGUGCACCAAGACCAACAUGGUCAUGGUCUUCGGGGAGAUUACCACCAAGGCUAACAUAGACUACGAGAAGAUUGUUCGUGAUACAUGCCGCUCCAUCGGAUUUGUUUCUGAAGACGUGGGUCUUGAUGCUGACCACUGCAAAGUCCUGGUUAACAUUGAGCAACAAAGCCCUGAUAUUGCCCAGGGUGUUCACGGUCAUUUCACUAAGCGCCCAGAGGAGAUAGGUGCUGGUGACCAGGGUCACAUGUUUGGUUAUGCCACUGAUGAGACCCCUGAAUUAAUGCCUCUAAGCCAUGUCAUCGCAACCAAGCUCGGUGCUCGCCUCACAGAGGUUAGGAAAAACGGUAACUGCCCUUGGCUAAGGCCUGAUGGUAAGACCCAGGUCACAGUGGAGUACUACAACGAGAAUGGCGCCAUGGUUCCAGUCCGCGUUCACACAGUUCUCAUCUCCACCCAACAUGAUGAGACUGUCACAAAUGACGAAAUUGCUGCUGAUCUUAAGGAACAUGUAAUCAAGCCUGUCAUCCCCGAGAAGUACCUAGACGAGAAGACCAUCUUCCACCUGAACCCAUCUGGCCGUUUUGUCAUUGGUGGCCCUCACGGUGAUGCUGGUCUCACCGGACGUAAAAUCAUCAUAGACACUUACGGUGGCUGGGGAGCCCAUGGUGGUGGUGCCUUCUCCGGAAAAGACCCUACCAAGGUGGAUAGGAGUGGUGCAUACAUUGUCAGGCAGGCUGCCAAGAGUAUUGUAGCAAAUGGUCUAGCUCGUAGAUGCAUUGUUCAAGUCUCAUAUGCCAUUGGUGUGCCUGAACCCUUGUCUGUUUUUGUUGAUACAUAUGGAACCGGCAAGAUUCCUGACAAGGAGAUCCUGAACAUUGUGAAGGAGAACUUUGACUUUAGGCCUGGAAUGAUCACCAUCAACUUGGAUCUCAAGAGAGGAGGUAAUAGCAGGUUCUUGAAGACUGCAGCAUAUGGACACUUCGGAAGAGACGACCCAGACUUCACAUGGGAGGUGGUGAAACCUCUCAAAUGGGAAAAACCUCAAGCUUGAGAUUGAGUUGGAUUCUACUACUCCCUACUACUCAAGCUCUGCUUUAUUGGAUAGUUGAUGAAUAAUUUGAAUGUUAUCUUGAUGCUUUUCUGUAAGCCUAAGUGAUCCCUAAUGUUUUAAAAUCAUACAUAUGUGCCCUAUUCAAUUCCUUUCUUUUGUUCUUUGGUUUUGAUUAAUGUAUCAUGUUACCAGUGUUGUGAUAUGAUAAUGUAUGAGAAAUUUGCCAAAUUGGUGACACUGGCAGUAGUAAAAGUUGCGGCAAGAUGUACUAAUCUGUACUAUUCGUUAAGGCGUUAAAGCUUUGGCUUAAUGGAAUGUUUUCGUUGAUAUGCA